AUGCUACUCCAUCUGAGGAGGAGCAACAGCUCCUCCUCGUCCCUCCACUUCAAGCCCCGCGACCGCAAGCUGCGGCUGCUCGUGGCCGCGACGGGCCCCCGAGACACCUCAUGGGCGAGCGCCCUCGUCGUCCGUCUCUCCAAGAACCCCGGCAUUGAGAUGCGCGCCAUCGUCGACGACGUCAUCCCCCGCCUCAGCCAGACCAUCAUCGUCAUGCAGAACCGACCCAUGGUCGCCCCCCUCGUCGCCGGCGCCGGCACCGACGCGGAAUCGAGAUCAGAAAUGGACGACAUCGAAUUCUACCGUCAACAGGCUUUCGGCUUGGUCGAGUGGGCCGACCUCAUGGUCCUCGUGCCCAUCGAUGCCGACAACCUCGCCAAGAUGAUGGCUGGCAUCGCCGACACCCUGCUCCUCGAGGUCCUGCGCGGCUGGGACUCGGCCAAGAAGAUCCUGCUCGUGCCCGGCAUGAGCACCCACAUGUGGGAGAACCCCGUCACAAAACGCCAGAUGAGCAAGAUCCACCGCAAGUGGCAUUGGCUGCGGCCCAUGCCGCCCAUCCUUUGGCACUACGACGACAACCCCAAGACCCCGAAGCGCAUCGUCAACUGGUCCGCCUUCAACGACAUCCUCAGCAUCAUCAAAAACCAGGCCGACCUUAUGGGUCUCGGCCGUGACGUGGACGUCGUCUCGCACCUCUCCGGCACCCUCACGGCCUCCCCCAAUCGCCCCAUCCACUCCAAGCUACCCCCCGAAAUCUGGACCAUCAUCCUCGACUUUACGCAGGACUGGGAGCUCGCCCAGGCCCUCGGCGUCUACACCAAUGCCGUCAUGCCGCACCCCUGGGCCCUGACGCCCAAAGACCCCCGUGACCCCAUCCAGGUCUACGCCCACGAGCUCGAGUGGCUCGUCCUGACCUGCAACAGCCCCGCCAUCUGCAAGAAGCUGCUGCAGUCGCCCCCCGCCCUCCACGACCUGCCGGCCCUCGUCAUCAAGCUCAUCAUCCGCUUCUCCCUCAUCGACGUCCUCGCCUGGAUGGAGGCGAACCGCCCCGACCUCUUCAAGGCCUUUGACGGCAAGGUCCUGCCGACCAAAGCCUCGGCCUACUACGGCCGCCCCGACGUGCUCGACUACUGGAAGCAGUCGCACUUUUUCCACCACGGCGCCGCCCGCGCCCCCCGCACCGAUGCCUCGGACCUCUACGACGCCGAAGCGCUGGACGGCGCCUCUAAGAACGGCUUCGUCCGCGUCCUCGACUGGUGGUGGCGCCGCUCGGGUCUGCCCCUCGUCUUCACCGAGGCCGCCCUCGAGCAGGCAUCCGGCAAGGGCCACCUGCUCGUGCUCGAGUGGUGGCGCGACGCCGCCGCCCAGGACGACCGCAUCGUGCUGCGGCCCGGCAAGUCGCUCCUCUGGGCGGCGCAGCACGGCCAGGCCGCCGUCCUCCGCUGGUGGGUCGCGUCCGGCAUCCCCGUCGCCCACGGCGACAGCGUCGCCAAGAUGGCGAGCCGCUGGGGCCAGGUCGACGUCCUCGAGCUCUGGCGCCAGCUCAAGGGGGACGAUAAGCUCGUCUUUGACGCCGAGGUCCUCAUCCAGCCCACCAUCCACCAGCACGUCGACGUGCUCGAGUGGUGGCGCCGCUUCGCCCACGGCGAGCUCGACGCCAUGGACGGCCGCCGCCACCGCGUCGAGUACCGCACCUGCGACAUUGAGGAGGCCCUCGAGGACAGCAUUGGCGACCAGGAAAAGGUUCGCCGCUGGUGGGCGCGCGUCGGUCUCAACCUCGGCCUGCGGAAUAUUGAGUGGAUGAGGACAAAGUGUCUCUGA